AUGGCAUCAAAUCCCCAUGUUCAAAAUCGUAACAAACAUUAUGAUCUUGCACUGAAACGUCAAUUAAUAUCACUUGAUCGUAAAUGUGAACAAAGUUUAUCAACAAUUAAAAAAACUGAACAGGCAAUUCGUCAUGAAAGUAAAAAAAUCGCGAUUUGUAGUCGACAAAAAAGUGCGAUUCGACCACAUGAAAUACGUAUGGGUGAAAAUCAACCACCAGUUGUUAAUCAACAGCCUGUUAUUAAUCAAAAAAAACGUACUUAUUCCAAUGAUUAUUCAAAUGAAAACGUACGUUCAUCACCAAUGAAUGAUAUUAAAAAUAAACAAUAUCAAUAUGCUGAAAAAACAUCUCCGUAUGCAACAAAAUUUUUACGUUUAUGCACAAAUGCACAUCGUUUACCGCCGGUAGUAAAAUCACAUAUACCACCACUAAAACAACAAAGAUUAAAUAAAGAUACACAUUGGACAAGUAGUUAUCAAGCAAGUACUAAAGACGGUGAAAGUGUUAGUGAUAUAAUUUCACUUUUAAAUGAACAAUUAUCUAAAAGAUCUGUGGUAGACAUGACAAAUAUGGAUGAACAGGUUCAUUCAUUUAUAGAACAAUUACCAACUUAUGAAGGUAUUCAACAAGGUUUUGAUAACUUUGGCCCAUCAUCACGUCAUUCAAUUCCGGCGGCAGUUGCUAUGAGAUAA